UGUGGUGGGGAAAACCCCCUGAGGAGCUGUCAGUGCCUUUUUAGCUGUUUUUUACCAAAAGGGGUGAUUUGCAGUGCUGGUGUUUUUUUCCUGUGCUGGUCCCAGCACAUCCACAGGGCUCAGCCUGGAGGUGACCUGGGCUUCUCCAGGAGACAAAAUCCCCAUCACUUGCUCUGCUGAGCUGUGAUCAGCGAGACUUUUCUGGGCUAAAAUUAGACUGAAAUCACACUCCUUCCUGCAGCAGCACCAGUCCUUUAGUGUCUGCACAGUGGGCUCGGGGUGCUGGCUCUGCUGCCCGUGGGGGGUCAGUGCCUGCUGGGUGCUUGCAUGGGUGGGUUUGCAGUAGAACCAUCACAAACCUUGGAGGUGUUCUGAGCCUCCAGCUGCUGUUCCGGAGCUGCAGGUCCUGUCCUGCUCGUGUCCCUCAGGGAGCCCCAGAGCAGCGAGGCUGAUCUGACCCCACGGAGGAAGCUCUGAGGGUUUGGGUGGUGAAACCAGCCCCACUCCUGACGACAUUUCCUUUCCAGGUGUUGCAAGAGGUCUGUGUUAGACCCCUCCGCAGGGAACAUCGAGCCCCAGACUCCAAGCUCAGGAUUAAAUAACAAAGGAAAGGAACCAUGUUCCAGGCCACGGGAGCAGCCAGCCCACCCCCAGCUCAUGAGGCCAAGAACAGCUCAGGAGGCAGCACAGUGCAGCGCUCCAAGUCCUUCAGCCUGAAGGCACAGGUGAAGGAAAUCUGCACUGCCUGCCAGAAAACCGUGUACCCCAUGGAGCGCCUGGUGGCUGAUAAAUUCGUCUUCCACAACUCCUGCUUCUGCUGCAAGCACUGCCACACCAAGCUCAGCCUGGGCAGCUACGCUGCUCUCCACGGGGAAUUCUACUGCAAGCCCCACUUCCAGCAGCUCUUCAAGAGCAAAGGCAACUACGACGAGGGCUUCGGGCGCAAGCAGCACAAGGAGCUGUGGGUGCACAAGGAGGUGGAGAGUGGCACCAAGUCAGCCUGAGAGGGGCCAGCCCUGCUCCUGGAGCCCAGCAGAGCCGGAGCAGCUGAGCCGGGGCUGACUGAGCUGAUGUAAAUAAAGCAGGACCGGUGGGAGGGGAGAGGGGGGAGCUCAGAGGGGUCCUGCAGGCCC